UCCAUCAUCCCACCCCUAGUGGCCUGGCUUAGCGCCGGGUCAGGCUGUCAAGAGCCCGGAAGGAAGGAGAGAAAGAGGGGGAGAGGUCGUCAAGGGGCGCCCCCGGGCACCGUAGACCCACCCAGGAAGGUCAGGGAGGGAGGGGGGGACAGAGAGCGAGCAAGACCCCUUGAGAAAGAGCUUCCCCAGGGUGGCAGAUCCGGCUGCUUUAGGGUUGUGGAGACCUCCUGGCUGACUCCUCUCUGGCCUUCCUCUAUUACUCCCCCCCCCAACACAUAAAAUCCACUUUUUUUUUGCAAGUCCACCACAUUCCCUCUCCCAUUUUACUCCCAUCGCUUUCGCACAUUCCUCUUGCUCUCCUUUCGCCUGAUACAUUCCCAGCAGCAGCUACUUGCCCUUGCUAAGGUUUUGGGGUUUGUUUGUUUUUUGGCCACUCCCCCCCAAUCACCCCAUUCCUCCUUCCUUCCCAUUUCUCAUUUCUUAACUUUUUGCCUUGGACUGGUUGUCUGAAUCUUCUAAUUGUCUAGUGCGACUUUUACCUUCACUUCCUGUUUUUUUUUCAUUUAACACCUUGCUUUCUGGACACCUGUAUUUUUCAUAUUGUUAUUCAUUCUUCUCUUUUCUUCCCCUCUCAGGUAUUACAUCAUCCCUCACCUCAUCCCUGUAAUUUUUCAAUUUUAAAGGGAGCCUCUUUCCUCCAUAUUUAUUAUUCUCUUUGCAGUUUUGGACCUGUUUUUGCAUAUACUCCCACAAAGCUUUAGUCCACCUUGAAGAACUUUUUGCCCCAUCCCUGAACACUUUCAGCAUCAUUAUUUAGUCCUCUUUCCAUAUUUAGCCUUUAUUUUUCCUGGCUUCUGAAGUCUAUUACAGCUUUUCUCUAAAGAAAGCCUAUCAGGGUUGAUUUGCCCUCCUCCUCUUACAUUUUAAUAUUUCCAUCUGUAAAAUUUCACAGUGGGUUUUUUUUCUUCCAUAUUCUCAAUCUUUCCUGCUUCCAGUUCUCCUUAUCCACUUUGCAUCAUUCCCCAGCUUUCAUCCUUUAAAAAUAAAAACGCCUUUUUUUGCCUUUUGUGACAUUAAACUCUUAUCUCUUUCAUGCUGCUUGAUCACCUUUUUAUUCUUCCUUAUAUAAAAGUCUCAUUUCUUACAGUUCUCUUUUCUCUAUGUUUUUUCUUUCAUCCUGAUUUUUUCUCAAAUGUUUGAUUUCCUAAGUUUUCCAUUUACCAUUUGAUUGCUUCUCCUGCAGAUUCCUUAUUUGCCUACGUCAUUCUUUUAGUUACACUGCCCUAAUUUUUGCUUGAUUUUCUUGUUCUUCUCUUUUCACAAUUCUUAGUUAUUUUCUCCACCACCAGGUUCUCUCAUCUUACAUCCUCUCUCCUUAGGUUUUUUAGUUUUGUAUUUCUAAAAAUUCUUGCAACCUCUUUAUUCCUCAUCCUUGACAGUUUCCACUGUCUUACUUCUCACUUCCUACACAUCUUUUUAAAAAGUCUCUUCUGUCAGUUUUAUUUGUUCUCCUUUAAUUCUUCCUUCCUGCUCCAUUUUAGUUCUGGAUCACUUCAAUCAUUCACUUUCUUCUCCUUUCACCCUUCUCAUUAAUUUUCUGACAUCUCAUUCCCCACUUAACGUUCCUUGAUUUAUCUAGCUACUUUCCAUGUCCUUCCAGUGAAAGUUGUUUGUAUCCAUUCAGAUUUAAUAUUAAAGGUGGAUGGAUGUACACACAGAACAGAGUGAAGUAAAGUUGUAGAAGGAUUUGUGGGAGCUUCCUGCACAUACUGAAAGAAAACGAUGUGGGAAUGGAAGGGGUGGACUUGUCAGUACUCCUAACAUUUUCUAGGGGGGUAAAGUCACAUUCUUUUUCUGGGGGGGAGGGGGAUUAACUUAAAUUUCAAGACUGGCGCAGAAGAGGCAGAAGAAGGAUGGCAUUCUAGUAUCAACUGCACCAGCCAUCUUGGGGGGAAGGGGGUUUCUUGCAUGCUCACACGCACCCAAAAAACCUCCAUUUUUUCCGACUCAAUGAAGAUGUAAAAGACCUGUUGAGCUCCAUGGUUUUGAAGGUGGGCAGCUUGCUUGUGAAAGUAUAGAAAACUUCAUUUCUGUGGCCAAAUGACAGCUUGACCCAGUGGUUAUCCAACGAGAGGGCAUCAUCUUGAAUGUCUCUUUGUGGUGCCACAGCCAGCGCAAAAAUGAUGGCCGCUUAUAAUGGCGGUACAUCUGCGGCCGCAGCAAGUCACCACCACCAUCACCACCACCUUCCCCACCUUCCCCCUCCCCACCUCCAUCACCACCACCACCCUCAGCACCACUUGCACCCAGGCUCAGCAGCCGCCGUACAUCCUGUACAGCAACAUGCUUCUUCAGCCGCCGCGGCCGCUGCAGCCGCAGCCGCCGCAGCCAUGUUAAACCCAGGGCAGCAGCAGCCAUAUUUCCCAUCACCGGCACCAGGCCAAGCCCCAGGACCCGCGGCAGCAGCCCCAGCUCAGGUACAAGCUGCAGCAGCGGCUGCAGUCAAAGCGCACCACCAUCAGCACACGCAUCACCCACAACAGCAACUGGAUAUUGAGCCAGACAGGCCUAUUGGAUAUGGAGCCUUCGGUGUUGUCUGGUCAGUAACAGAUCCGCGAGAUGGAAAGAGAGUUGCACUCAAAAAGAUGCCCAACGUCUUCCAAAACCUAGUCUCUUGCAAAAGGGUCUUCCGUGAAUUGAAGAUGUUGUGUUUUUUUAAGCAUGACAAUGUGCUCUCCGCUCUUGACAUACUUCAGCCACCACACAUUGACUACUUUGAAGAAAUAUACGUUGUCACAGAACUGAUGCAGAGUGACCUCCAUAAGAUUAUUGUCUCUCCUCAGCCGCUCAGCUCAGAUCAUGUCAAGGUUUUUCUUUACCAGAUUUUAAGAGGUCUGAAAUACCUACAUUCAGCUGGUAUUUUGCAUCGAGACAUUAAACCGGGGAACCUGCUCGUGAACAGCAACUGUGUUCUUAAGAUCUGUGAUUUCGGCCUGGCCAGAGUUGAAGAGUUAGAUGAAUCUCGUCACAUGACUCAGGAAGUUGUCACUCAGUAUUACCGAGCUCCCGAAAUCUUAAUGGGCAGCCGGCAUUACAGUAACGCAAUCGACCUCUGGUCCGUGGGCUGCAUCUUUGCCGAACUGCUAGGGAGAAGAAUAUUGUUCCAAGCGCAGAGUCCCAUCCAGCAGCUGGAUUUGAUCACAGAUCUUUUGGGAACACCGUCCCUGGAAGCCAUGAGGACGGCUUGUGAAGGCGCCAAGGCACAUAUACUCAGGGGUCCUCAUAAACAGCCAUCCCUUCCUGUCCUGUACACACUAUCCAGUCAAGCUACACACGAAGCCGUUCAUCUCCUUUGUAGGAUGUUGGUCUUUGAUCCAUCCAAAAGAAUAUCCGCUAAGGAUGCCUUAGCUCAUCCAUAUCUUGAUGAAGGGCGCUUGCGAUAUCACACCUGCAUGUGUAAAUGUUGCUUUUCCACUUCUACGGGACGGGUUUACACCAAUGAUUUUGAACCCAUCACAAAUCCCAAGUUUGACGAUACUUUUGAAAAGAACCUCAGUUCUGUCCGGCAGGUUAAAGAAAUAAUCCAUCAGUUCAUUUUGGAACAGCAGAAGGGAAACAGAGUUCCUCUGUGCAUCAACCCACAAUCUGCAGCUUUUAAGAGCUUCAUUAGUUCCACCGUCGCUCAGCCGUCCGAGAUGCCGCCGUCUCCACUGGUCUGGGAAUAAAACGUGGAAGAGAGAAACGUACUACUGAAGACUUAAUGUAGCUUUUCACUGGAUUCUGGGAUUUUCAAUUCUGGAGGUUUAAUCAUGCCUGUACUGUACUUUUACUAAUGACGUUUUAAAUUAACAACCACUAUCCUUGUAUUAUAUAUGACUAAGAGAUAGGGGGGGGAAGCGUGACCUAGGCUUUUAAAUCCUGUCGAGGGUGGGGUUGUGCUUUUAGAAGCAAAAUAUUUUAUCCAGAGUUGCACAUGGUCGGUUUGGGUCUGGGGGGGGGUGUUUUGUUUUUUUAAGUGAAUUGCAGUGCAGCUGUGAUCUUGCUUGAUUUUGGAAAAAAAGAUUGAACCAAAAUGGGUGGGAAAAGUCACUCCUUCCCUCCCUCCACUUUUUUUUUUUUUGAAAAAAAUUCCCCUUUGCUCUUCUUUUCCUUCACCUUAAAGCGAGAGUGUGUUAGAGGAUUAAAGGUAUUUUGAUCCUGAGCCAUUCCUGAAGAUUUGGAUAUUUAUUUAUUUUUAAUUAUAUCAAAAGAAGUUAGGGAAUACAAAACUCAGCUGUGACCAAUCAUGCAGCCCCCCCCACCUGAUGGCCGUGGCUACGUUUCAGUGGGCCACGUCACAGGAUAGCCACAACCUCUACAUAACUUCUUACUAGCGCUGUGGUGGUGAUUGUGUGAUGUUUUUUCCAAUCAGGUGUUGUGAGUAGAGAGAAUGAAUCGUGCCUAGGAAAGAUUAAAGUUUUUUUCUUUUCUUUUUUAACCCCCUGCCCCCGUAUAAAUAAAUAUAUAUAAAUAUAUAUAUUUAAUCUAUUUUUAUUAGAAGUUUUUCUGCUCUUUUCUUACAUAAACCACCACCACCCCCAGCAUGCAUCUGCAAACGUGUGUAAAUAAAUCCAUUUCUGGGCAAAGAUUUUGAAGAAUCUUCAUUGCUGUGUAUAUAUAGAGAAAGAGAGAGACAGAGAAUGGGAGAGUGAAAAAGUCGUCUGCACAUUUUUAGGUCUGUGAAACUUUGUGAUUUUUUUUUAAAAUCCUGCACUGGACAGUUGGGUGAAAAAGAAAUGAAAUGGGGGGGUGGAAAAGCACAUAGGGAAUUAUGUUAAUUGUAUAUGUGUCAUUAGGCAAAGCUGUGGAAGUCUUGAAAUGUCACAGUAGUAAAUAACUUUUCUUACUUUGGGGCUAAUUCCUUAUUUUUGUGUGUUGUUUUGUUCAAACACUGAAUUAUUCUGUGCAUAUGUAUAUAUAUAUAUGAACACAAACUAAAGGCCUCCUACCUCCUGGAGUAGACAACUUGGUUUGUUUACCUCCACAUGAUUUUUUUUUUAAGUCCAGUGUGGAGACUUGAAACUUGAAUGUCCCUUCCAACUUUUAUAUUUAAAAAAAAGGCAAGAAAAAUUGAAGACUGUUUUUUUUUUCACCUGUACAAAGGAAAAUAAUGAAUGGAUGGUCUUAAAUUUUGAACCUUGGUCUGGGAUAUUUAAAACAAAUGAGAGAAACCUUGUUGUUUGUCACGGACAAUUAACUGUUAAAGUUAUUGUAAGUUAUCUGUAUUUAGCAGAGUAUUUUCAAGAGGAGUGAUCUGAGCUGGAAUUGAAUACAGUUAUGUUUUUUGGAAGUUUUAACUUCAAUGAAGUCAUUAUUUUGAUGUGAAAGAGACAAAAACGUAGAAUUUCUCAAACAAAGAUGAGAAAAUAUCUUUGUUUUUUGUGUGGCUCCUGAGGAAAUUUGAAAAAAAGAAAAACCAACUCGAAGCAUUUCAAUUCACUUGAAUGAGAAGCACGAUUUUUAACUUAAAACGAGCCCGAGAAGACACUGGUAUGAAAGGUAAAAUCUCAGAGGUUGGUCUGUUAAAUGUGGCACAGUUGCGGGUCACUUUGUACAAUGUAGAUUUUGAAGUACAGUGGUGAAAACAUUAAAUGUGACAUUUGAAACAAAA